CCCCGUUCCGGGUGACACAAACUGCCAUAAGAUGUUAGGUCUAUCUUGUACGUAGUCUGUGCCUGUACGUCGCCUGUGAUAAUGUGAAUAUAAUCAAAUAAAAUGAUCCCACUUUAUCUAUUGUCAGCAACAGACCUCUUUUUACGAUUCUUACAGAUGUCUCUAUAAUCUGAUUCGUAAAAUAAGGACAAACUUUGCUAAAUCGAAACGUUACUUUACGUAAAUAAAUUUUCUAGCUGCGAAGAAUACUUAGUUUUGUCUAAAUCUCAUUUCCACCAACCAAUCAAAAUGUUAAACCGUACGAUGAACGAACGUAAAGAACAACGUCAAACUUUGAGCAAUUUCACGAAGAAAAUCAAUCGAGAAAUUAUAGAAACUGCUUCCACCUUGGAUUGGACGAUCGAAAGUAUAGAAACUGAUAAUGACAGCAGGCUUAUUUGUCCAUACGAUCCUUCUCACCAAAUGGGUAAAAAAAUGUUAGACCAACAUUUAGAAUCUUGUCAUUGGAAACAAGAAGGUUACAAUGAAUUUGAUGUACCACUGCCUGAAUCAACUUUAUCCUUGGAUUCGUAUUCUUCCAUAAAACUGGAUUCACCAUUACAAAAUGCUAUUUUGCAAGAAGCCAAGAGAAUAGAUUCAACCAUGAAUAUUGGUUUGGGUGAGCGAUUAAUUCCACGCACGUCCGAUAGAAUCUUCACAGAUUUCACUUGCGACGAAAGGAAAGUUUUAUAUCAAUAUGUUGUUUCAAACACCGUGAAAACAGACAUCGGUCAUGAUAUUACCGAUACUCAUCAAGUGAAAUGUCAAGAUAAAGAAGACAAGAAGUUAUCCUUCUUAGAAUUGCUUAUACAAGAACGUAAUUUAAAGAGACGAAGAGCGAAGCACAGAGGUGUGCACACAAAUAAAAAGUCUCACACGGAAAUUCUAAGGGAAGUUAUACAUCAGCAAAUGGAGUUAUAUAUCGAUUAUAUAACAGAAACGCGUGCAUCUAAUCGCAGUACAAAAACCUCAGCUAUUGCCGAAAUGCAAACAUCAGAGGGUGGGAAUCUCGACGAUAUACAAACUUCAGCUCUGUCGGUUAACCAAGUUCCACCGAAACAUCAUCAUAACCUCCUUGUCGAAGAUUCCCAGGAUUACAGCGAAAGUUCCAGUUCUCGGAACGAGCAGAAACACGAAUACUUUGAAAAAUCAAACGCUUCUUAUGCAAAGGAUUCGGAACGACGAGAAAAAAGUUCGAGAAAACUUCACAAACGUAAAAGAUCUCGAUCAAGGGAACGUGAUCAUGAUAAAAAAAGUAAAUACGAAUCUUCGCGAUCAAGUUAUAAAAAAAAUAUGAAAUCUUACGAAACUGGAAGAACAUUAAAUAGUAGUACAUACUCCAAACGAAAUAUCGACCGUCGAAAUAGUCGAGAGAAAUCCAUAUUAUAA